AUGUCUCCUGUCAAGGAUUCCUCCUCCGCAAUGAAUUCUGCUCCCAUCGUUGUUCGGCGGAGCAAGACCAUGCCCAUCGACAGCCCAACUGCCAAGUUCCUUUACACAAUCAUCAAGCAGCUUGACCUUAAAGGCAUCGACUGGAGUCUCGUCGCCUCGCAGCUCGAAAUCUCCAACGGCCACGCCGCCCGCAUGCGCUACCACCGUUUCCGAAACCAGAUGGAAGGCUAUCAGCCCCAGCAAAGAAAGCGUCCAGCGAACAAGUCAUCCUCCAAGACAAGCACAGGCUCCUGCAAAGCAGGCUUACAAAAGGGGUCGUCCCCCAUGCGCUCGCCCACGCCCAUACCCAUGACCAAGACCGAACCACCCGAAGAGGGUCAAUGCGAACCAAAGAGCCCGUCUAUUAAGCCUGAGCAGCAUGCGCCCGGCCAGCAAGUACCACACCUUGCUAAUAUCCCGCAGUAUGGCUCGCGUAUAAUUUCUGCACCGUUUCCGCACUCACAGCGGCACCCACACUCGGCUGCAUUCUUGCCUUCCAUCGCUACCCCGUAUCACUAUCAAAUGUCUCCGUUAACUUCUGAGCUGAGAAUUUCCUCUUCACCAGCUUAUUCGUCCACGCCUCAUUAUCCACCAGUUCCUGUGUACGAGACGGGGUAUCGUUCACCGGUGGCCUGGACGCCUGUGAAGGCUGAGCCAAGGACCCUGCCUGAGGAAUAUAAAGGGUUGGAAAUCGCGGAAACUUCGACGGUGAAGGAAGAGGUGCAAGAUGAGAUUAUAAUUCGCAAUGACUAG